UUUUUUUAUUUUCAAGUCCAACCAAUUUAUUAUUACUACCCACAACUUCACCACAACCAUCAUCAUCAUCAUUAAAAUCACUAAUAACUCCAUCAUCACUUUUACCUCCACCCCCAUUAAAUAAUCAAUCAAAAUCAUUACCUUCCUCCCUUCUACCUUCCCCUUCUUUAAACCCUUCCAUUCCUCCUCCUUUUUCAUCGUCAUUAAAUUCAGAAUCUUCCCCCUCUUCAAAUAUGGCGGCAGCUACUUUUUUAUCAAAUUGGCGUAGACAAUCAAAAACAACCAAAAAUAAUAAUAAAACAAUUAAUUGUGUUAAUGAGAAUAAUGAAAAUAAUAAUAAAAUUAAUAAUGGAUAUACCCUUAGUGAAUUAUCACACGAUGUUUUAGCGCAGAUUAUUCGUCUUUUCCCCUUCUCUUCAUCCUUAACACCAACCCCUUCCUCCUCUCCUACAUCAACAAUUAUAAACAACAAUAGUUCAUCCUCUCCUUCCCAACGUCAUAUAAUUUAUAGAGCAUUAUCCCAACCUAACCCAACAAUAAAUACAAACUUGAAAUGCUCUCCUUUAAAUGAAGAAAAAAAGAAAAAAGAAGAAAAUAAAUCCUUAAUUAAUAUAAAUAAAUUAAAUAAUAAUAAUGAUGAUGAAGAAAUAUUAAAUAAUAAUAAAAUUCCCCCAAAAAAGCAACUUUUGCGUGAUUGGCAUACUAGAGCUGGCAGUUCCUCCCUCGGCCGUAAAUUAAGGAGGGCUGCUUCUACCUUUUCUGGUAGCAAAAUGAUUGAAGGGAUUUCUUCAAAAGAACGCCCAAAAAAUUUAUCAAUAUUUGGGAAAUCGGAAAAGAAUAGAAAAAAUGGAAAAUCGCCAACAUCUUGCAAUGGGGCAUUAAGCCGUCUAUGCAAGGUUUCAGUAGACACAAUGGCAAUAACUGCACUCCCACUUGAUUGUUGGCUUAAAGAAAGGCUAAAAAAUUGGGUUCAACUAUCAGGGCAUCAAGGCUAG